CCGGCGGGUUGAAAGGAGAAUCAUUCGGCGUUUCAACCUCAAGGAGAACGGAUACAUCCUCCAGAGAAACGUGCAACGGGCGAGAAUAUCCGUAGUUCCAAAAUAUCCGUAAACUAUUCUUUUUUUUUUCGGUUGAGCAACAAAAUCAGUGAGAAGAGAAAUCAAAGAAAUAUUGAAACCUAUUGAAAAGCACCCACUACUCCAAAAAAAAUUUAACAAAAAGGAGCUCCAACCGAGAAAAGAUGCUCAAGUGGGCCGUCAACCAGCCGAGACCUUCCUACUUGGCCAGGGAUGAGCUGCUCCUGGCCGGGGCCACUGAGUCCAAGGGAGUUACCAGCUACAGCGAGUUCCACGCCCUCCGGGGCAAGCUGAAGAGGAAGUCCUUGAGCGCCAUAGUGCCGGGCCAGGGCAAGGAGAACCAGAUGACCUCCACUCCGCUGCCGGCCAGCUCGCUGCUGCCGCGGACUCCGCUGCUCAAGGACCUCAGCAACAUCCUGGCCACUCCCACGCCUCAGGUGGAGCUAGGAGCAGCAUCUGCAACCCAAGGAGCGCCCAAGUACGCCUGCACGCUGCCCACCUUCGAGGCGGAGUACUCCCCGAGCUCCGUCAUCCCGGGGCCUCUGAUCGCCCUGCGCGGAGUGGGAAUCCCGGACAGCUACUUCGAGAAGCCGCGCUACCUGGAGCAGAAGCCCCUCCCCGCCCCCAGCCAGCCCAGGACCAACCAGACCCUGUCCUCCAGCCAGAUGGGAGACGUGACCCUGGAGAGGAUGAUCGACGCCAUCCUGGAGAGCAACCGGAAGACCACCAACAUCCGACCGCCCAGGCAGCACAGGCACCGACACCCCCUGCACCACCUGAGGGGCACCACCUCCUCCGCCGCCACCCACUCGCCCACCUACCGCCCCGCCUUCGACCCCGCCAGCGACCUGCGGGAGUACUGGAAGUCGCCCUCGCAGCGGGAGGCCUCCCUGACGAGGUUCGAGGAACGGGAGGUGUGCUCCCCCGCACGCAAUCCCGGCCAGAGCCGCAAGCGGCACUCCCUGCAGGUGCUGCGGAGGCAGCGGGUGGUGCGGCGCAAGCGGAAGAUCACCACCAAGAUCUCCUCCAGCGUCCGGCAGUCGGCCCAGAAGCUCCUGGCCGCCGCCAAGUCGGGAGGGGGAGGAGGUCCUGGGACCAAGAGGCGCCACAUCAGCCCGGACAGCGGGCACAACUCCACCACCGACCUGGAGGAGGAGGAGCAGGCCGGACUGGGUGGCGAGGAGUUGGAAGCAGCCUGCCACUUGGAGGGCAUGUGGCUGCCCUCCCACCCGGCUAGGGAUGCCACCAAGAGAAGGCUCAGCUUUUCGCUGGCAGAUCACAGCUGAUCCUUCUGGACUAUUACUAUUUUUUUUUGCAUUUUUUUUACUAGCCUUAAGAAUAUUUUUUUGUCGUGGAAUAAAUCAUUUUUAUGCAAAA